GACAGGAUUUAGUGUUCGCGUGUCUAGAUUCUGCGUGAGUGGCAGCAUGGGGAAGGCUCGCAGAAGUCAGAGGUUAAAGAAACCUCAAGUAGAUAAAGAUGUAUAUGAUGAAUCCAUAUCUAAGGCAAACAUCCCUUCAACUAAAGAGACCUCGUCUGAUUAUUUUAAUGAUGAAGUUGAUAAUUAUCAUGAGAAAAAGUUUAAGAGUCUAAUGAAAGAAGGUGUGGAAUUCAACAGUGAUGCAGAAGAAUUGGACAGUGAGGAUGAAGUUAUGCCGCUUGAAAUCCAUGAUGAUGAUGAGGAGGACGACGACGAUCAGCAGGAGGCGUAUGAUGAGGAUGAUCAGCAGAGUAUGGGAAGUGACCUAGACGAUCGUAGAAAUGAUGGUCUUCCAGAUGAAUUGGCUUGGGGGCAGAGGAAGAAGCUGUAUUAUGACACAGACUAUGCAGAGCACAGCAAAAAAAAAGGAAAGAAAAGUAAAGAAGAAAUUGACGCAGAGGCUGAAGAAGAGGAGGAGGAAGCUCAAAAUAUUCAGAGGCGGUUAGCAAAUGCCCUUAAUGAGGAAGAUUAUGGUCUGGAUUUUAUACAGGCAUUUGGAGUAAAGCAGACUGAAGAAAAGCCAUCAGAAGAGAAAAUUGUUAAAGACUUGGAAAAAAUGUCAGAAAAGGAAAAGAGAAAACUUCUGAAGACAGAGUCUCCGGAGUUAUUGGAACUUAUUCAAGAUUUAAAGCUAAAGUUAUCUGAAGUGAAGAAUGACUUGGAACCACUCUUAAAGCUAGUGAAAAGUGGACAUAUUCCUCAGGGAAAGGGGAGCAACUACAUUCAGACCAGAUACCAACUUUAUUUAAAUUAUUGUACAAAUAUAAGCUACUAUUUGCUUCUGAAGGCGAAAAGAAUCUCAAUUCACGGCCACCCAGUCAUAGAAAGGCUUGUUACCUACAGAAAUUUGAUCAAUGAUUUGGGUCCUGUGGAUGAAAGGCUGUCAGCAGAAAUUAAGCAGCUUCUAACAAAUGCUUUGGAAGAUAAUGUAUCUGCAAAAGAAUGUUCCACAAAAACCGCUAGGAAUUCCAAAAAAGCUGCUGUAAAGAGACCCCGGCCUGAAAGUCAGCCUGAUCAGGACUCUGAUUUGGAUGAAGAAGCUGCAUUAAAAUACUACAGAGAGAUGGAAAACAAACUGUUAGAAAAAAGGAAUAGAGGAGAAGAAAACGCUGUGGAAGAGCUGCCAUCAGAGGAGAUGGAUCCAGAUGCAAAGAGAGCGGUCACUUACCAGAUGGUGAAGAAUAAAGGGCUUACACCGAAAAGGAAGAAGAUUGACCGGAAUCCAAGAGUUAAACAUCGUGAAAAAUUCAGGCGUGCUAAGAUUCGCAGAAAGGGACAGGUCCGAGAAGUUCGUAGGGAAGAAAGCCGGUACUCUGGUGAAUUGUCUGGAAUUAGAGCUGGAGUCAAGAAAAGUAUCAAGCUUAAAUGAAGAGAGUUGUUUGUACAAUAAAUGUUUAUGUUGUGGUA